AUGACGAGCAUAGCAGCAUUGCCAGCACAAGUCCUCAGCGCUUUCCUCUACUACUGCGGCUUCUCACGCUUUACUCAUGGUAUCUACACGCCCUGGUACUACGCGCAUCAGGUAGCCCGCCAGCCAGAUGACGGUUCAACAGUCGCUCGAAUAGUGCCAUGCAUGGACAUCACACUUGCGACUACUUUGGCACUGGGAGGCAAGAAGUCCAAGAGAUAUGUCGCGGUCUUGACGGCAUUGAUUCAAGGUGGAGCUAUCGUAGCGUUGGGUAUGGAGGGCAGGCGCGAUCUGGCUGUUGACUUCGCCGUGUUCACGCUCGCGGUCGCAGCUGCCGCUUUGAUUUGGACUGAGUUAGUGGCAUGUCUUUUGAUCGUGACCUUGCGAACUUUCGUUCAAUAUCGAGCUAGUCGACGGCUCUUCAACAACGACUACCUCAUCUUCAUCGCUCUUGGAUGUCAUCUUGCCGCAGUAAUCACUUGCGAGCUUGCGAUUCCAGACAUGUGGACAAUAGAGGAGCUCAAGCUGCUGAGGGCAACGGGUGCCACGCCGUCGGAAGAAAUGUUGAAUGGUGCCGAAAGUACGUAUCGCGCUCGUACAUUUUGGUGGAUUAUGAUCUCCAUCACUGCUUCGACGUUCGUCACGACGAUCUUCCUCCAGCUCUUUGCUUGCGGAUCGCCGCAGAACUUCCUGAGGCUUGGUGGUUGCGCUGGGUCACGCCAUACAUACCUCUCGAAUUUGGUCUUCCUCUUCUCGGCAGGCACCGACAUCGCGGGAGGCAUCCUCAUCGUCCUCAUCCCCUUCCCACUCCUGUGGAAAUUGCGAACGUCAGAGCGGGACAGGAUCGUGCUGAUAGGGAUAUUCCUGCUCCCAGUUGCACCGAUCAUCUUCGGUGUGCUUCGUUUCGUGUUCUGCAAUCCCAGCCGGGACUCUUCGUCAGUAGAUGUGAUCAAGUUCCAGCUCUACUCGCUGCUGGAGAACACGACAGCGAUCAUCACGGCAAGCAUACCAUCCUUGAGGCUAUUCGUCACUAGAUCGCGGAACCAAAGCAGAGUCAAUGAUCCGACAUACUACACGGCAGCCUCUGCUAAAAGGAGCACGAAAUCGCAACACGUGGUUGACACGAUGCCGUUGGAGAGUAGAGUCAAUGUUUCAUCUGGCGAACCUUUUGAUGGGAGGAUGUUUUCAAGGAUAGAGUCCGAAGAAGAGGCCGAUAUUCAUGUUCAGGGCCCGUUGCGUGGCAUUGUAGUUCAUAGGUCCUUCCAGUAA